AUGAACUGUAUCACAUACGUACAGCCUGGCAAUGGCUUCAUGCCCAACUUCCAGUUGUUCCAAAGAUCAAAUGUUAAUGGACCAGUUUCAACGAUCAAUCCUAUAUUCGCAUGGUUGAAGAGUGGAUGUGGACCAUCAUCACCAACUCUGAUCGCAACUGAUUUGAUCAGCUGGACACCAGUAUUGUACAACGACAUUGAGGGUAACUUUGCCAAGUUCCUGAUAUCCAAGUCUGGCAAGCUCGUCAGGAGAUACUCCUCCACCACCAUGGUCCAAGACAUUGCCGGUGACAUCUCCGACUUGUUGAACGAAUAA